AUGCCAAGGUUUCCUGAGAAUGAUGAGCCUGGUGAUGACUCAGAGAAUUACGAUGAGCUCAUUCGUAACUGGUUGAGUAGUCUAGGAAAGCCGAGUGGUACUGUUGUUGCAUCUGAUCAUGAUGAUGACGUCCAGUAUCUUGGAACUAGAAAAGCUCAGCCAGAUCAAAGCCGAAACGAAGUGCGAAAGCGACGGAGGUCUGGUCCUGGUUCUUGGGGUGAUUCGUUUAGACUUUCUGAUCUUGUUCCCUUUCCCCGCUCGGCUUACCCUCCUGGACCUUAUGGCGUAACGAAGCAAGAUGUGAUGAACAAUCCUCCUUUGGAUACUAGCAAACGUGUGAAGCUAGCGAAAAAGUUUGUACGUGUUUCUACUUUCGAGGAUUUGUUUUCGCCCAACGAAGAAAUGGUUGAGAUCGAGGAGAGGAGGCUAGGAACUGAUGUAGUUAUUGUUGAGCCGAUGAGACUUGAUGAAGGGACCACAUCUGAGGUUGAAGCUGACACUGACACAGUGCAUCUGAACCAUGAGAAGUUGGGAGUUGGUGCAGAGCCGAUGAGACGUGAUGAAGGGACCACGUCUGUGCUUAAUGCUGACAUUGACACAGUCUCUCUGAAUCAUGAGGAGCUGGGAGUUGGUGCUGAUAAUGUUGAGCCCAAGUCUCAGGUUAAUUAUGACACUGUUGAGCAGAUGAAAUGUGCUGAAGGGACCAUGCCUGAAGUUAAUGCUGACACUGACACAGUGUCUUUGAACCAUGAGAAGUUGGAUACUGUUGAGCCAAUGAAUUGUGAUGAAGGGACCAAGUCUGAGGUCAAAGGUGACACUGACACAGUGUCUUUGAACCAUGAGAAGAUGGGAGGUGGUGCAGAGCCGAUGACAUGUGAUGAAGGGACCAAGUCUGAGAUUAAUGCUGACACUGACACAGUGUCUUUAAACCAUGAGAAGAUGGGAGGUGGUGUAGAGCCGAUGAAAUACGAUGAAGGGACCAGGUCUGAGAUUAAUGCUGACACUGACACAGUGUCUUUGAACCAUGAGAAGAUGGGAGUUGGUGCAGUGCUUAUGAAAUGUGAUGAAGGGACCAAGUCUGAGGUCGAAGCUGACACGACGUCUCUGCAAAAGCAUAACAAGAGAGGUGUCUCAGUGAUCGAACAUUUCACAGAUGAAGAGAUAAAGUUGCAUGUAAUGAAUCUUCCGAAGCAAAUUAGUAUUAGUCAGGAGGAGUAUGUGGAGGAUGCAGAUGGGGAAUUAUGCCAGUUGUGUGGCAAUGACAGACUCCCGUUACCACCACCGCCAAUAUAUUGCUUAGUAUGCAGCCGUCGUAUCAAAGACGACGCUUCCUAUUACACCCCCGGGGAAGAAGAGAUAAAGGAUGCGAACCUUAACUUCUGCAGUCCUUGUCGCACUGUCUGUGCAACCAAGUUCAAGUUAACAUCUGGAAUCACUAUCUCAAAAGCCAAUAUGCUUAUAUCGAAUAACCUUCGAAACCAAUCUUUGGAGAAGUGGGUUCAGUGUGAAUCUUGUUACAAAUGGCAACAUGAAGUUUGUGGUCUCUACAAUAAGGACAAGGACAAAGACAACACCAGAGAGUAUAUUUGUCCCAUAUGUUUACUAGAGGAGCGUAAAAGUAACAACAACAACAACAUGCCAGUCAAUGACAAUACUAAUAUGGGAGCAAAAGAUUUGCCUGAAACCAUCCUUAGUUUCUUUCUAGAGCAAAGGCUAGCCAAGCGCCUUAAGGAAGAGAGACGCGAAACGGCAAAGGCUUUAGGGAAGGACGUUACGGAUGUAUCUGCACCAGAGGGUCUUACUCUCAGAGUUGUGUAUUCCGCUGACAAAAUCUCAACCGUCAACAAACCCUUAGCCGAUUUGCUCCAUAGAAAAAACUAUCCUACUGAGUUUCCUUACAGAUCAAAGGUUAUACUUCUGUUUCAGAAAGUGGAAGGAGUUGAUAUAUGCAUCUUUGCAUUGUUUGUACAAGAGUUUGGUUCAGAAUGUAGCCAACCUAACCAACGCAGCACAUACAUCGUAUAUCUCGAUUCGGUCAAGUACUUUAGACCUGAGAGAGUAACAUUAGCAGGAGAAGCUCUGAGAACUUUCGUUUAUCAUGAAAUCUUGAUUGGAUAUCUUGAGUUCUGUAAGAUUCGGGGUUUCACAACGAGUUAUAUAUGGGCAUGUCCACCUGAAAAAGGAGUAGACUACAUUAUGUACUCUCAUCCUAAGACUCAGCAAACCCCCAACACUAAGAAGCUUCGCCAAUGGUAUGCGUCAAUGCUUGAAAAAGCAGUUGAGCAGAAGGUGGUUGUGAAGACUACAAACUUGUAUGACCGGUUCUUCGUUUCGAGAGAGGAUCAAUCUACCUGCGAUAUGAAAGCUGCGCGGUUGCCUUACUUUGAAGGAUCUUUGUGGUCCAAUAAAGCUGAGGCUAUCCUUGAAGAAAUCGAGAAACAAGGCAAUAACGGUUUGCACAAUAUGUUUAAAUCGCUUACUAGAAGAAAAAUAAAGAGCUUCAAAAGUACAACUUGUGAUUAUGUUGAUUCUGAUGAUUGCAAAAACAUUCUCCUGAUAGAAAAGCUUGAAAAGGAUGUACUCAAAAAUAAGGAAGACUUGAUGGUGGUAGAAUUAAACUAUUCAUGCACGCGUUGUUUGAAAGCCAUAGUAUCAGGAUUGAGAUGGUAUUGCGGCAAAUGCAAGAAUCUUCAACUGUGUGAAAGCUGCUAUGAUUCAAAACAAGAGCUUCCUGGUGAACACAUAUAUGAUGAUACCAAUAACAAAGAGAAGAAGCAUCAACUCUCAAAGCAACAGGUGAAUGUCACAACUGUUGAUAAUGAUAUUAUUCAAGAAAACGAAAUGUUCGAUAGCAGACAAGCGUUCUUAGCUAUUUCCCAAAAGAAUAAUUACAUCUUCCACACGCUUCGACAUGCUAAGUAUUCUUCGAUGAUGAUACUUUACAAUCUUCACACCUCAACUAAGCUUCAUCAUCACUCUCAAAACUCUAGCGGUCUCAUCUGCACGGACUGCAAGAAAGAUGUUUCGACAAGUAUCUACUUGCCUUGUUUGCUCUGUCCGGAUUACCGAGCUUGCACUGGAUGUUAUACCGAUAAAGAAACCGUUCGUCAUCUUCAUAUUUUCCCAACACUCGCUUCAGCUAAUGGAGUUCCCCCUAAAACCGUAAUGGUUCUUGAGAUACUGAAAGCAUUGCAGCACGCAUCUCUGUGCCAACCAACGGCCUCUAAGUCGUGCUCAUACCCGAAAUGCAGAGAAGUUCAAGUAUUGUUCAUUCACAAUGAACGAUGCAAAAUCCAAAUGAUGGGAGUUCCUUGUAACAUUUGCCGAGGCAAAACCAAAGAGAUGGGAUUUUCUUGUAAGAUUUGCGGUUGUAAGACUUGCAAUAGUUUGUCACAGAUAGUAAAGAUCCAUGCGUACCAUUGCCGAGAUCUCAAUUGCCCUGUACCAGGCUGCAGAGAUAUGAAGGAACUGUUGAUUAAGAAGUAUGGUGUAAAGUACUAA